GUCCAAUCCCGUCACUGCCCUGGUUGUAUAAAAGCUCCUCGCUCAGACAGACCCGACAUGAUCGAGCCAUGGCCUUCCUGUGGAUCCUCUCCUGCCUCGCCUUCGCCGGCGCCGCCUACGGUUGCGGCUCUCCCGCCAUCCCUCCCGUCAUCACCGGAUACUCUCGUAUCGUGAACGGUGAGGAGGCGGUGCCUCACUCCUGGCCCUGGCAGGUGUCCCUGCAGGAUUACACCGGCUUCCACUUCUGUGGUGGCUCUCUCAUCAAUGAAAACUGGGUGGUGACAGCCGCUCACUGCAAUGUCAAGACGUCCCACCGCGUGAUCCUCGGAGAACACGACCGCUCCUCCAACGCUGAGAACAUCCAGGUCAUGAAGGUCGGCAAGGUGUUCAAGCACCCCCGCUAUAACGGCUUCACCAUCAACAACGACAUCCUGCUCAUCAAGCUGGCCAGCCCCGCCCAGAUGAACGUGCGUGUUUCCCCAGUGUGUGCGGCCGAGACCGGAGACGACUUCCCCGGAGGCAUGAAGUGUGUGACCAGCGGCUGGGGCCUGACCCGCCACAACGCUCCCAACACCCCCGCCCUGCUGCAGCAGGCCGCCCUCCCCCUGCUGACCAAUGAGCAGUGCCGUCGUUUCUGGGGCAACAAGAUCAGCAACCUGAUGAUCUGCGCCGGAGCCUCCGGAGCCUCCUCCUGCAUGGGCGACUCUGGCGGUCCUCUGGUCUGUCAGAAGGCUGGAGCCUGGACUCUGGUCGGCAUCGUGUCCUGGGGCAGUGGAACCUGCACUCCCACAAUGCCCGGCGUGUACGCCCGCGUCACCGAGCUCCGCGCCUGGAUGGAUCAGACCAUCGCUGCCAACUGAGCAGUUUCAACCUGAUCAUCAAUAAAAACCCAGAAACUCUGAAA